UCUUUUACAGUGUAUAAUAACGUUUGAUGGUACUGUUUUCAUAAAUAACGCUGUCUUCAGCGAUCAACCCUCAUUUCUUCCUCAGUGGUCAGUUGCCGAGUGAGUAUUUUUGUCCUUGAGCUCCCAUUGAACACAUUCGAUGGCAAUUUGAUGAGGAAUGUUUUCAAGAAUGGAGCCGCAACGUAACAUCUGCAAACUGUGAAGGUGCGGCGUUGAUUGAGACAUAACAGUUUACAUUGAUAAGGAAUCGUGAAGAACUGGUCGUAAAAAUGUAUGGUUUUGUCAAUCACGCCUUGGAACUACUUGUAUUAAGAAAUUAUGGCGAAGACGUGUGGGAAGACAUCAAGAGGGAGGCGCAACUCGAUGUAGAGGGUCAGUUCCUUGUCAGAAUCAUAUAUGAAGAUGCCAAAACAUACGACCUUGUUGCUGCUGCAAGCAAAGUUCUCAAGAUUGAUGCAGGGUGUAUCCUACAGAUGUUUGGGAAGAUGUUUUUUGAGUUUUGCCAAGAAUCAGGGUAUGACACCAUCCUGCGUGUUUUAGGCUCCAAUGUCCGUGAAUUCUUGCAGAAUCUGGAUGCCCUCCACGACCACCUCGGUACCAUCUACCCUGGGAUGAGGGCUCCGUCCUUCCGCUGCACAGACGCGGAGAAGGGCAACAAUCUGAUCCUGCACUACUACUCGGAGAGGGAGGGGCUCCAGGACAUUGUGAUCGGCAUCAUCAAGACGGUGGCCCAACAGAUCCAUGGCACAGAAAUAGAAAUGAAGGUGAUCCAGCACAAGAGUGAGGAGUGUGACCACAUCAAGUUCCUGAUCGAGGAGAAGGACUCGGAGGAGGAGGCCUUCUAUGAGGAUCUGGACGGCUUCGAGGAGAACGGCACGCAGGAGACCCGGAUCAGCCCCUACACCUUCUGCAAGGCCUUUCCCUUUCACCUCAUGUUCGACAGGAACCUGAUGCUUACUCAGUGCGGCAACGCUAUCUUCCGUGUGCUGCCGCAGCUCCAGCCAGGCAUCUGUAACCUGCCCUCUGUGUUCUCUCUGGUGCGUCCACACAUAGACUUCAGCUUCCAAGGCAUGCUCUCCCACAUCAACACUGUCUUCGUUCUGCGAAGCAAGGAGGGCCUCUUGAACGUGGAGACUUCGGAGAACGAGGACGAGCUGACUGGUGCUGAGAUCAGCUGCCUGAGGCUGAAGGGACAGAUGAUCUACCUGCCCGAGGCAGAGAACAUCCUCUUCCUCUGUUCUCCCAGUGUGAUGAAUCUGGAUGACCUGACGCGGAGAGGCCUUUAUCUGAGUGACAUCCCGCUGCACGAUGCCACACGUGACCUGGUGCUGCUGGGAGAACAGUUCCGUGAGGAGUACAAGCUGACUCAGGAACUGGAGAUCCUGACUGACCGUCUGCAGCACACCCUUCGGGCCCUGGAGGAUGAGAAGAAGAAGACGGACAGAUUGCUCUAUUCAGUCCUGCCACCAUCAGUGGCCAAUGAGUUGCGCCACAAGCGUCCAGUCCCGGCCAAACGCUACGACAAUGUGACCAUCCUCUUCAGCGGCAUUGUGGGAUUCAAUGCCUUCUGCAGCAAACACGCGUCAGCCGAGGGUGCCAUCAAGAUAGUCAACCUGCUCAACGACGUCUACACCCGAUUUGACAUCCUGACUGACUCGAGAAAGAACCCCUACGUGUACAAGGUGGAGACAGUGGGCGAUAAGUACAUGACGGUCAGUGGGCUGCCAGAACCAUGUACCCACCAUGCUCAGUCUAUCUGCCACCUGGCCCUGGACAUGAUGGAAAUUGCUGGACAGGUCAAAGUGGAUGAAGAACCAGUACAGAUAACCAUUGGGAUCCACACAGGAGAGGUGGUAACUGGGGUCAUAGGUCAAAGGAUGCCCCGCUACUGCCUGUUUGGAAAUACUGUCAACCUCACCAGUCGUACAGAAACCACGGGAGAGAAGGGAAAAAUCAACAUUUCAGAAUAUACUUACAGGUGUUUGCAGUCAGCAGAGAAUGCUGACCCCCAGUUUCGUUUGGAGUACCGAGGACCCAUCACCAUGAAAGGCAAGAAGGAGCCCAUGAAUGUGUACUUUCUGUUGCGCAAAAGUACUGAAAGCAUAGUUUGAUCAUAAAAGCAUUCCCCUUUCCCCAGUGGGCAAAAUGCAUAAAGGUGUAAUUUUGGGGUUCUACUUUGGUUUUAUGGGUUGAAGAGAUGUCAGAUAACCAAAUUAGAACCAAGAGUAGAUGUCAUUUUCUGGUCGCUAAAAAGAGAUGUUAAAAAACGUUUUACAAUCAGCAUAAAACCGGACCAUGACGUACACCUGAACAGUUUUGCUCUCUGGGUCACUUGUCAGUUUCAAGAAGCUGCUCUAUCUGAAGACAUAACAAUUUUACCAUCUAGAAAUAUCCCUUGUUCUCUCCUUCACCAACAUUUAUUCUUAUUGUUGGUAUGUACAGUUGAAGUUGGAAGUUUCCAUACACUUAGGUUGGAGUAAUUAAAACUAGUUUUUCAACCAGUCCACACAUUUCUUGUUAACAAACUAUAGUUUUGGCAAGUCAGUUAGUACAUCUACUUUGUGUAUGACACAAGUAAAUUUUCUAACAAUUGUUUACAGACAGAUUAUUUAACUUAUAAUUCACUGUAUCACAAUUCCAGUCGGUCAGAAGUUGACAUACACUACGUUGACUGUGCCUUUAAACAGCUUGGAAAAUUCCAGAAAAUGAUGGCUUUAUAAGCUUCUGAUAGGCCAAUUGACAUAGUUUGAGUCAAUUGGAGGUGUACCUGUGGAUGUAUUUCAAGUCCUACCUUCAAACUCAGUGCCUCUUUGCUUGACAUCAUGGGAAAAUGGGAAAAUCCAAAUAAAUCAGCCAAUCAGAAAAAAUGUAGACAUCCACAAAUCUGGUUCAUCCUUGGGAUCAAUUUCCAAAUGCCUGUACAAACAAUAGUACGCAAGUAUAAACACCAUGAGACAUUCUGUCUCCUAGAGAUGACUAUCGUUAUGUUUGGAGGAAAAAGGGGGAGACUUGCAAGCCGAUGAACACCAUCCCAACUGUGAAGCACGGGGUGGCAGCAUCAUGUUGUGGGGGUGCUUUGCUGCAGGAGGGACUGGUGUACUUCACAAACUAAAUGGCAUCAUGAGGUAGGAAAAUUAUGUGGAUAUAUUGAAGCAACAUCUCAAGACAUCAGUCAGGUUAAAGCGUGGUCACAAAUGGGUCUUACAAAGGGACAAUGACCGCAAGCAUACUUCCAAAGUUGUGGCAAAAUGGCUUAAGGACAACAAAGUCAAGGUAUUGGAGUGGUCAUCACAAAGCCCUGACCUCAACCCCGUAGAAAAAGCGUGUGCGAGCAAGGAGGCCUACAAACCUGACUCAGUUACACCAGCUCUGUCCGUGUUAGGAGGAAUGGGCCAAAAUUCACCCACUUUAUUGUGGGAAGCUUGUGGAAGGCUACCUGGAACGUUUGACCCAAGUUAAACAAUUUAAAGUUAAUGCAAAACCUAAUCGAGUGUAUGUAAACUUCUGACCCACUGGGAAUGUGAUGAAAGAAAUAAAAGCUGAAAUAAAUCAUUCUCUCUACUAAUUAUUCUGACAUUUCACAUUCUUAAAAUAAAGUGGUGAUCCUAACUGACCUAAGACAGGGGAUUUUUAAUAUGAUUAAAUGUCAGGAAUUGUGAAAAAUGUAAAUGCAUUUGGCUAAGGUGUAUGUAAACUUCCAACUUCAACUCUGUUUGUUUCAAGUGACAAAUGAGGUACAUUUAUAGGUUUAAUUUAGUGUGAUAUGACACAGAUGAAGAACCUUUUUUUAAUGGAUAUACCUGUAGGGCAGGUAUUGAAAUACAAUGUCAUGUAUUUUUUUCUCUAUCCAUUCCAGCAUUUGAAAUAGUAUUUUACACUCAAAGUAUUCUGUUUUCUAUAUAUUUAUUGACUGAUGUUGUAUCUGUGCACGGAUUGUGUUAUGUACUUGAGUGAGGACCCAAAAGCGGUUUUAACAGAAAACAGAGUUCUUUAAUAAAAAAACAGGAAUGGCAUAAAUCCUCUUCCAACGUAGUCAAUGGAACAAAAGAACAUAGUAUAAUGCAGGAUGCACCUGCCAGGCAGACUCCGACAGGAUAGGACAAGGUGGAAGCAAACGGGACGACAGCUUGCUUCUGGUAUCAAAAACACAAACAAGAAUCAGACACUGAAAGUAGCAGGAACAGAGAGAGAAAUAGAGACCUAAUCAGAGGGGGAAGAGAGAACAGGUGGGGAAAGAGUGAAUGAGCUAGUUAGGGGAAAUGUAGAACAGCUGAAGAAUGAGAGACAGAGAAGGUAACCUAAAAAGACCAGCAGAGAGAGACAGAGUGAAGAGAAAGGACAGGAACAGACAUAACAAGACAUGACAGAUUGUUUUUGUUAUUUUUAUUUGUGGUGUAACAUACAUGUAUAGGCCAAAAUCAUAAUCUCAGCUGUGAAUUCCAUAUUCUGUAGGACACACUGAACUUUUGGUAUUAUGUAUUAAACACAUUAAAUAUUUCACUUAACCUUCCAAAUACAUUUUAACACCAAUAUGCAGUGUUGUGUAGUUGUGAACUACAUGUAGUUCAACUAGUAAUUCAACUACAUUUUGCAGUAGCUUGGUGGUAGUUGAACUAAAUUAAAAUCUAGGUAGUGUUUUCAGUAGUUAAUGACAUUCUUUGCCAUGUAGUGGUGUAGCUAACUGCUGGAAGUAAACUCUACUCUUUUUGCAAAAAUAAAAUAAUACAAAUUCUGGAAGGUCCUUCCAUCUCCACAGAGGAACUCAGAGGAACUCUGAAGCUCUGUCAGAAUGUCACCUCCCUGACCAAGGCCCUUCCUCCUCCGAUUUCUCACUUCCUAGAGCAGUCUUAGUGGUUCCAAACUUCUUCCAUUUAAGAAUGAAGGAGGCCACUGUGUGUUUGGGAUCCUACAAUGCAGAAGACAUUUUUUGGUACCCUUCCCCAGACCUUCCCCAGAUCUCGACACAAUCCUGUCUCGGAACUCUACGGACAAUUCCUUCGAACUCAUGGCUUUUUUUUUUGUUGCUCUGACAUGCACUGUCAACUGUGAGACCUUAUAUAGACAGGUGUGUCCCUUUCCAAAUCCAAUGUCCAAUCAAUUGAAUUUACCACAGGUGGACUCCAAUCAAGUUGUAGAAACAUUUCAAGGUUGAUCAGUGGAAACAGGAUGCACCUGAGCUCAAUUUUGAGUCUCAUAGUAAAGGGUCUGAACUUAUGUAAUUAAGUUUUUUUUUUUCGGUGCAAUUUUUAAAUAAAUACUUAUUUCGCUUUGUUAUUACGGGGUAUUGUGUGUAGAUUGAUGAGGAAGACAUGUACCUUAAUCCAUUAGAAUAAGGCUUUCAAAGGGUCUGAAUACUUUCCGAAUGCACAGGGAGGCCUUUAUGAAAUGAGUCACAUAUUUUUGCCCUCCUGAUGUGUGACUCAGGUUGUGACCCUGAAGUUGAGUCUCUGGUGUUAUCCAUCAGCACCAAAGAUAACCUGAGGGGUCUGUCAUAUUGCUUAGCCUUUAGAUAAGCAACACCAAAUAGGAUGGAAGAUAUUAUACUUUUAUAGUGUAACUCAGGCCAUGAUUUAAUCCGAUUGUUCCUUGUCAACAAUUAACCCUUAAGGCAAUGUUCCCGCGUUUGCAGAGACAAAAUUCACUGUCAAUUCUGCAUAUGUUGGCUCAAUUGGAAAUUACCUUUCAAAUUGUGCAUUGUCGAAAAAGCGCAAUCGGAUCGGUCUUAGUAUUUUCUCCAUUCACCAUCUCCUGUAACUGUUAUAUCUCAAUAAGCAACUAAAUUAAAUAAAAAAUAGUAAAAUGUUUUAAACCAGAUGUGCACAUUUAUCAGCUUUACAAACAUUCAUAUGAAGUAUUAUUAUGUUUCAAUGUCCUUUUAUUGUGCUGUGAUUCACAAUUUAUAAAAGCACUCACACUUCUGAGUUAUCUCGUUGCAGGUUUUCAUGAGAAUAAUUCGAUAACUUCAAAGAAAAUAAAAACCAGCACGCUGUUCUUGCUAGUGUGACUUAUUUAUUCAAGCUUAGACAACGUGGCGUACUCUUGGCCUUUCUUCUGAGCUUUUUAUGUGUCGUGCUCAAAUGCAAUUGGAUGCUUGAUAUCGAAAUAGUUAU